GUCCUGGGACUCGCGGGGCUACAACCACCCUGCACACAGGCCCAGCCCCAGCCGCUUUCCUGCCCUACACCCUUCCACCCAGCCAGCUGUAGCCGGUUCAUCCCCUUCCUUCCUCCGCCUCCCCCGAGCAGCCGCAGCCGCAGCCGCAGCCGCACGCUGCCCUACGGCCCGGCCCGGCCCGCGCACACACUCCCCGCCCGGGGCUUGGCUGAGCCACCGGCUCACGUGUCUCUUCGGCUGCCUGGAACCAGCGAAGCCCCAGCCGGCUGCAGGUUUGUAACCAUGAAGAAACUGAGUAAUGCAAACACCCGUUUUGCUCUUGAUCUGUUUAGAAAGUUGAAUGAAACCAACGCAACAGGAAAUAUCAUCUUCUCGCCAAUCAGUAUUUCUGCUGCACUGGCCAUGGUCCUUUUAGGGGCCAGAGGUGACACAGAGACACAGCUGUUGAAGACCUUUCAUUUUGAUGUUGUUGAAGAGCUUCAUUCAAGAUUUCAGACCCUGACCUCUGACAUAAACAGAAGUGGAGCUUCCUAUCUGUUGAAGCUUGCCAAUCGGCUUUAUGGAGAGAAGACCUACAGUUUUUUAGCAGACUUCUUGACUAAGACUCAGAAAUUAUAUGGAGCUAAUUUGGCUACGGUUGAUUUUCUACUUGCUUCAGAUGAAGCAAGAAAACAAAUUAACCAGUGGGUAGGGGAGCAGACUGAAGGUAAAAUCCCCAACCUGUUGUCUGAGGGCUCAGUUAAUGAUAUGACCAAACUAGUGUUGGUGAAUGCUAUUUAUUUCAAAGGAAAUUGGGCUGAGAAAUUUAAAGAAGCAGACACGACACAAAUGCCAUUUCGAUUAAAUAAGAAUGAAAAAAAGACAGUGCAAAUGAUGUAUCAGAAAAAGAAAUUUCCUUUUGGAUACAUCUCUGAACUGAAAUGUCGUGUGCUAGAGCUUCCCUAUGAUGGAAAAGAACUUAGCAUGAUCAUCUUCUUACCUGAUGACAUUGAUGAUAACUCCACUGGACUCCAGCAGCUAGAGAAGCAGCUCACCUUAGAAAAGCUCCAGGAAUGGACACAGCCACAAAAUAUGCAUCCCAAUGAUGUUCAUGUGCAUCUGCCUAAAUUUAAGAUGGAAAACAGCUAUGACCUUACAUCAGAUUUAUCAGGUCUGGGCCUGCAGGAUAUAUUUGACAGUGGCAAGUCUGACUUGUCUGGAAUGUCAGGCACACGAGACCUCUUUUUAUCUAAAAUUGUACACAAGUCUUUCAUAGAAGAGAAUGAAGAAGGCACAGAAGCUGCAGCUGCCACUGCUGGCAUUGCUAAUCUCUGCAUGUUUCUGGAAGAGGAUUUCAAUGCUGAUCACCCUUUCCUUUUCUUCAUCCGUCACAACCCAACACAAAGCAUACUUUUAUUUGGCAGGUAUGCUUCUCCAUAAAAGAAGACAGAGCUACAGUUGAGGAUCUGAUCCUAUUUCCACUUAAACCAGUAGGAACCUGUAAUUAAGUUCUUACUAAUUUUCAUUCCAAUUCUGCAUUUCAAAAUAGAAUGACUACUCAGAAAUUGAUACCUACGAUCCUUCUUGGGCUUUUUUGCCAAUUCCUUAGCACUGUUAUUUGUUUGUGUACAGUAAAAUAUGCCUCAUGCAAUGACUCACAGGGCUGACAGUCUGGUUGCUCAGCACAGUUGAUCUUCUAAUAAAGGUGGACCAGAAUUGAACUUCUGAGGAUUCUUUAAGGCAGUUACUUGAGUCAGAAAAUUCCCUAAAGUGUGAACAUCCUCUUGUGUGGGUUUUGCAAUUUUAUUGUGAACUGGCAAUUCCUUUGGUGUAAUUCCCCUCUCUGACUUUGAUCCAGUAAUUCAAUGUGCUUGCUCAGCAGGAUAAGUUUGCAAGGAUUUUCUUUUCUUAGAGUCUCUUCUUUUAGAGGCCUUUGAACAUAAUGCUGUUUGGCAUCAGAAGGCACUCAACAGCCGAAUGGGCCUUAUUAUGUUUUGGGAUAAAAGGCCAAUUAGCAUUUGCUAGAGAGACUUUCUAUUCUUAGAGAAAGCAUUAAGCUGUUUUAAACACGUGCAACCCUUACAAUCACUGUUUCAGAACUCUAGUAUGAUAUUGCUUUUGAAUGAGGAGGCAGAAAUGGGACAGGCAAUUUCUUAAUGGUUUUUUAAGAAAUCUUAAUACUUCUGUACAUUUUAAACAAAUUUUAUAACUGUUGUAUCUGUUUAAAAUGUAUGGAGAUUUUGAAAGGUAGUUGAAACUAACUUUCCAAAAGGGCAUGAAAUCUUGGCCUAAAACUAUAAUAUCAACACAGGAAGGAUUCCUGCUUUUCAGGGAACUGCUUUGUAGGUGUUCCAAAUUUCUUAAGUGCAGUUCAUGUAUAUUAAUGCUACAGUGAGUUCUGGCCCACGUGGCUGGCUGGCUGCCUACUGCCUCUUUACAAACUGAUUUUUGCACCAAAUAACAGUUUGACUUCUAGGAACUGGUAUGCUUAUGUACUCGUAAUGUCCUGCUGUUGUUUCCUGUUUAGUAUUAGUAGCCUGUAUAAUUUCAUGUAUAUUCUGCACAGUUAUGUCUAUGCAUUAACAGUAUAACCUCAGGUAUAUUCUGUAUCCCUAAUUCUGUAUUCCUUUGUGAACCUCACUAUAACUUCGCCUUGGAAGUACAAAUAAAUGGUAUUAUUU